CUGCAGCACACGCUGCGCGGUGACGUAGGCAGGCUAACCUGAAGCCGAGUUCACAUAAGACGACAUCUGUUGACCUUGUGCUGGAGCUCAGUGUGCACGCAGACCGUCGUCCCGGGAAAACAUGAGCAGCCUCCCCGCCAUGCCGCAGCUAGCUGUGCCUCAGAUGCCCGCGUUACCCAGCUCAGGUUUCAGGCUGUCCAAAGAGCAUUUGGUGGUGGCCUUACCAGUUGCAGUGGUCGCAGCGGCCGGAGGCUUCCUGUUCAGUCAUUACCUGAGCGGACGGAGCUGUAAAAAGGGCCAGGUGAACACCUGCAUCAGCAAAGACAGUCCCAAAGUGGUCCACAGCUUCGACAUGGAGGACAUCGGCACCAAGGCUGUGUACUGCCGCUGCUGGAAGUCAAAGAAGUUCCCUUACUGUGACGGAGCCCACACCAAACACAACGAGGAGACCGGGGACAACGUCGGACCCCUCAUCAUCAAAAAGAGGGAUACUUAAGCCAACCAAUCACAGAACUCCAUCUUCCCUCGACAUCUCCUUCGCCCAUCCUUUCUGUUGGUCUACUUGUUAACGAUCAUCUUUAACACUGUCAAAGAUGUAUGGUAAUAAACUGUGACACUCAAAACAAAGGAUACAAAGAAAAUAUUUAGAUUUCUGUUUUUCGACCGGUUCCUACAUUGGAUGACAUUGAACAGCAAAGGUCAUUUGAGGAGAGAUAAGAGGGACUUUGACAAUCAACAGUCAAGCAUGAAGUGUUAGGCCUGUGCAGUUGUAUUUUGAUGGAUUUAACAUUAUGAAUUUGGAUCAAAAUUCUCCCCACACAUGAUUGAAGUGAAAUAUUUUGCCUUGCGGGCGUCGUAUGCUCCCGUCUGGUGUCACCUGUACACCCCCCCUCUGUGUGGAGCAGGUGGUUGAAAUGUAAUGAGCUGGCAGCUCCUAGCCUCAGUCAGUCCAGUGUUUCAUUGGAAUUCGUCACAGGCCUUAUAUUUGAAUCUACAGCCCAGAGUCUGAACACACACA